AUGCAUCUCCACACCGCCACUAAGCUGCUCUACCUUGCAUUCCUCAGCGGCGGCGACGGGCUGCGCGUGUUCCGCCCGUCUUCAAUCACCAUCCGGCGGCAGGUCGGCCAGCUCGGCUUCGCCACGGAGACUGAGUGGCAGUAUGCGGGCGGCAAGCGGAACCCGCUCGAUCCGAGCCAGCCCUCUCGCACGGUCGAGGCGUCGGGCGCAUCGGUGCGCCUCUUUGAGGCGCGGCUGGCCGACGGCAGCCGCUCGCUCCUCAAGGAAUUUCUCGGCGCGGAGGCCCGCGCGAUCGGAGAGAGAGAGCUGGCCGUGUACCGGCACCUCGAGGAGGAGGCGGGAGGCGCGCCGGACCUCAGCGUGGGGACGCUCUGCGGCCGGCUCUGGCUCAUCUUUCGGUGGGUGCCGCUCCGCACCAUCGGCGGCUUCGCGCGCGUGGAGCAGCCACCGGCGGGAUUGGCGGGGCUUUUCGACUGGGGCGCCGCGCAGGCGCGCCGCGAGUGGGUGCGCACCGCGUCGCGCGAGUCGCUGCGCGCGCUGGCAGCGCUGCACGCGGCGGGCGUCGCGCACCGUUCGCUCGGCUCCUCGUCGCUGCUGGUGUCGACGUACGAGCAGCGCGAGGCGGCGCGGCUGCGCGUGACGCUCGUCGACCUCGGCUUCGCCGCCACGCCCGCACUCCUCUCUGCCGAGGAGAUUGCGGCGGCGAUGCGGCAGGCCGGGUGCGGCCCGACGGGCGUGCUGCCGCUCCUCACCCUGUACGACCUGCACGGGCUCGGCUACGUCCUCCUCGAGCUAGUCCUCUCCGCCCUCGUCCCUCGCCCGGCCGGCGGAGGCGGAGGCGUGCGGCCGCCGCCCGAGCUGCAGCAGCUCAAGCGGCUCGUCGAGGACGUCUUCAGCGACGACGUCGCGCGCGGCUUCCGCGACUACUGCGCCGAGGAGCCGGGGUGGGAGGCGGCGGUGGCGCUGCUCGACGAGGGCGGCGGCGCCGGCUGGGACCUGCUUCAGAGCCUCGUCGAUUGCCACACGCCCGCGGCGGCGGGCAGCGUGAGCGCGCAGUCGCUGCUGGACAGCUCGGUUUGGCUCCGGCCAGGGGGCAGGUAGGGCGGGCGUGCUGGCGGUAUUAUUCCCUACGCGCGUUUCGAAAAGAAAGACAAGGAGAAAUCGUCGCGCAGGAGUCCAGAGAGAUCUCACUGUUUAAAAGUUCAGACUGUCAGUGUC